AUGAGUGACUAAUUUCAUUAACUGAGUGAUAAAUGGACCAUCUCUGAGAAGUAUACCUAAAAUAAAGAUGACGAUUACAAAAAGACAAUAGCUGAAAUAUGCUCGAUCAGAAGUGUUGAGGAAUUUGCAUUUAUCAUGAAAUAAACAAUCUAUUAGAGUUUAACAGAUUUAUUCAGCGAGCCAUAAUAAUAAAAAUAAUUCAAAAAUUUUAAGAACAAUGCUAUAGAGACUCAAAUUGAAGCGAUCUAAUUUUUCAAAAAUGGUAUUAGCCCUUUGUGGGAAGAUCCUGAAAACGAAAAAGGAGGUGACAUACAAUUUGAGGUUCCUAUUGCCUUAAUUGGCAUUUACAAUCAACUCUACACUGAAAUAAUACAUGAGAUUAUAGGGUAACAAAAGGAGGAGCUAAGGCAUGUUAAUGGAGUGAGAGUUCUAGAUAAAAUAAAUGCCCCCAAGGGUAAUGGAAUCAGAAUAGAAUUGUGGUUGGAUAUUGAUCCUACGGAUAAAAACGAGGAGGUAUAAAUCCAGAUUAAAAAAAUUGAUGAUUGGAUUCUUCAAUUAGCAGAAUUAUUUGAUAUUAGAUAACUUAAAUUAAAAACUUAAUCACACAAGAAAAAAUGAUAUGGGUUAUUUUUGCAGGUUAAAAUAAAUAAACUUAUCAAA